GUGGAGAGGCUGAGGCCACGUGAUAGGAAGCCAUAUCGGCGUGGGAUAACACAGCUCCCCGCGCUGAAGCACUGGCGCUACAGGCACGUUGUUCUACAGCCCUAUGGAAGGAGGUACAUGUUAAUUUUUGGCAUUUCGUUAUCGCAAUUUUGUCAUUAUCAAAAUUAUUAUCACAUACAUAUUGAUGUUGUCGUUUCAUGGUGCAGCUCGUUCCAGUAUGAAGACCCGUCGCAGAGACCGCCACGUGGGUACUCGAACAUCCUUGGGGGCCUACUUAGAUGGUAUUUCCCUGGGAUAGUCAAUCUCCCUACUGGUGGCUGCGACGUAGCUUGGAGGUGGGCGCACUACAGCCUCGCGGAAGAUCCUCUUGGCCGCGGCACCGCGGCGGAUUUGGUUGUUGCCAAAUUCUGGAAAUACUUCAAGAGGGCCGAGGGCAAGGAGAAUGCGUGCGAUGAUGUCCUACACCAGCUUGCAAGGAAGAGGGUGACUGGCAUGCACUACGAGGCACGUGUUCAAUGCGUCCGCGACUGGCACGCCGACCGCUUCGUCCACAUGACUAAGGAGGACGCUCGCGACACGCUCAUGCAGCCGUGGCAGUACUUGCAGGUAUUUGCAUUUAUGUGUUAUUGAUUUCUUUAUCGCCAUGUAGUUUAUUUUACCAUAAUGGGUUUAUCUUGUGCAUGUAGAACCCUCCUCAGUACGUCGGCAACGACGAUAGGUGCUUUCGUGCGAUGGUCAUGUGGUGGACAUGCCCCCAGUACCUCAAGAAGCACGAGGAGGGCAAGAAGAAGCGGGCAGAGAUGCGAGGUGGAUCGCAUA